AUAAAUUAAGGUUGCUUUGUCACACGCCGUAUGAGUACGUAAGUUCAGAAGCACGUCCCACCGCUGCCGCUCGUGUUUCGUUCUCCCCGCCUCUCAAAUUCUCAAUCCUCUACUCCCCUUUCAAAACCCUAAUUCAACCAUAAAAAGCCCUUACUGGAUUAUCACCGUUGAUUCUAGUGUUGGUCGGCCAUGGCCGGAGCUCCCAGAGACCAGGCGCUCUCCCUUCUCGCCGCCGCCAACAACCACGGGGAUCUGGCGGUGAAGAUGUCUUCUCUGAAGCAGGCCAAGGACAUUCUCAUUUCCGUGGAUCCUUCUUUGGCCACCGAGCUUUUCCCCUACUUGGCCGAGCUCCAGUCCUCCCCCGAAAGCCUCGUCCGCAAAUUGCUCAUAGAGGUGAUUGAAGAAAUUGGUUUGAAAGCAAUGGAGCUUUCACCUGUGCUUAUGCCGGUGUUAUUGGCGCUUUUAAGUGAUGACGAGUCUAUUGUUGCGAGGCAAUGUAUUAUUAGUGGCACAAAUAUCUUUUCUAGGGUUCUCGAAGAAUUGGCACUGCAGUAUCACCGUCGGGGUAAAAUUGAGAGGUGGCUUGAAGAGCUUUGGAUGUGGAUGGCUAAGUUCAAGGAUGCUGUCAUUUCCAUUGCAUUGGAGCCUGGCUCAGUUGGGAGAAAGUUGCUGGCUUUGAAAUUGUUGGAAACAUAUGUUUUAUACUUUACAUCUGAUACCAAUGAUUUUGAAAAGCCUGUCACAGAAGCAAGUAGGCGGGCUUUCAACAUAUCAUGGUUGGUUGGUGGUCACCCUAUUUUGGACCCGGUUGUGCUUAUGUCAGAAGCAAACAGAACACUUGGCAUUCUCUUAAAUUUGUUGCUGUCAGCCAGUAGCCUUCCUGGUUCAGUGACGAUAACCAUUAUUAACUGUCUUGCAGCCAUAGCUAGGAAGAGGCCACUCCACUAUAGUUCUGUUCUUUCUGCUCUUCUUGAUUUUGAUCUUAACCUUGAGUCGGUCAAAGGAUGUCAUGCUGCCAGUAUCCAGUAUUCCUUAAGAACUGCUUUUUUGGGAUUCCUAAGGUGUACUCAUCCAACCAUUAUAGAGUCAAGAGAUAGAUUGCUUGGGGCUCUCCGAGCUAUGAAUGCUGGGGAUGCUGCUGAUCAGGUUAUCCGGCAAGUUGAUAAAAUAAUGAAAAAUACUGAGCGUGCUUCACGAGAUGUUCGGCUCGGCAAGGAUGAUCAAUUAUCAAGCCAGUUGCCCAUAGCAGGUGAUCUGUCAACGAAAAGGUCAUUUCCUCUGGAUAAUGAAGAGCCAGCUAAUGGUCAUGAGGUGGCUUCCAAGCGGUUCCGGUAUGGUCCUGACAUCCAGUCGGCUUUGCCAGUUCAAGUAGUUGAUUCUGCGCAUGAUUCGGUUACUGUUAAUGGACUAUCUCCCGUAUUGCAUCGCCAACUGAGCCCUGUGGAACAGAUGAUUGCCAUGAUUGGUGCUUUGCUUGCGGAAGGCGAAAGAGGUGCUGAAUCACUUGAAAUCCUUAUUUCAAAAGUUCAUCCUGAUCUGCUGGCUGAUAUUGUCAUAACAAAUAUGAAGCACUUGCCUAAGACACCUCCACCUUUAACAAGGCUUGGGAACUUGCCAGUAACUCAACAAUUGGGCUCUCUAAAUACUGCUCCUACAAAUUCUGAAGAACCUCCAGAUGUCAGUGCACGAGCACCUCUUUCUUCAGCUACUGCAACUAGUUCAUUGUCUGAUACGCCUCUGGUCAAUAAUCACUCUGCUGAUUCAAAACGUGAUCUGCGAAGGGAUCCUCGUCGGCUGGAUCCAAGACGUGUAGUAGUCCCUGUUGGGGUCCCUUCCAAUCCAAUUGCAGAGGACACUGGAGCUGCGCAAUCUGAGUUUGACCUUAGUAUUUCUUUGAGUAAACCCAUUUCACUUUCUGUUACUACCAGUCUCGAAAGCCCUUCUACAUCUCUCACGUCCAUGAUCAAAAGUGACGAUAAAAUUUUGGAAAGUCCAUUGGUUUCUGGUGCUAGUCAACUAACUCCUGCUUUUGAUAAAACCGAGGAAAUUGACCUAAUCCCAGAGGUUGAUCCCUCUUCAGAUCCAACACCUUCUCCAGUUAACAAAGUUGAUGAGGACUCGAUUGAAAUGAAGUUGUCGGAUGUUGUAGUGGCAAAUGGGGUUGAUACAUCGUCUUUUCUAGAAUCCGAUCAGCAUUCUCCUACUGUUUCAAACGCAUCUGCAUCUGAAGACAGCUGUCAGGAUUUACCUCUGCUCCCAUCAUAUGUGGAACUGACUGAAGAACAGGAAAGACGUGUGAGAAAAUUGGCAGUUGAACAAAUAAUUGAAUCAUAUGAGCAGCCAUGUGGGACUGAGUGCAGCCAGAUGCGUAUGGCAUUACUUGCUCGAUUGGUUGCUCAGAUUGGCACUGAUGAUGACGUUGUUACGAUGCUGAAAGAACAUGUUGUCGUUGAGUACCAACGGCAAAAGGGGCAUGAGCUUAUUUUGCACGUGUUGUACCAUCUGCAUACUCUCAUGAUCUUGGAUUCUGCGGAAACCUCUUCAGUUGCUGCUGUUGUGUAUGAAAAGCUGCUUUUGGCUGUGGCCAAAUCUUUGCUGGACUCUUUUCCAGCUUCAGACAAGUCCUUUAGUAGACUUUUUGGUGAAGUCCCACUUUUGCCUGACUCUGCCUUGAAACUACUAGAUGAUCUCUGCUAUGCUGAUGUCACUGAUCACCUUGGGAGAGAUGUACGUGAUGUUGAGCGUGUUACUCAGGGCCUUGGAGCUGUGUGGAUUUUGAUUUUGGGGCGACCGGUUAAUCGGCAUUCCUGCUUGGAUAUAGUUUUGAAGUGUGCUGUUCAUUCUCAAGAUGAGAUCCGAGCCAGAGCAAUCCGGCUGGUGGCGAACAAGCUUUAUCAGCUAAGCUACAUAUCAGAAAGUAUUGAGCAAUUUGCAAAAAAUAUGUUGUUGGCUGCUGUAGAUCAUCAUAUUUCAGAUAUAGAACUUUCAGAGUCUGGAACUGAGCAAAGAGUCAAAGGGGAGGUUGAAAGCCAAGAAACAUCUACCAGUGGUUCUCAGGUUUCAGAGCCGGGGCCCUCUGACAAUAACUUCUCAAGGGGCAUGCAAUCAUUACUGCGCAACACUUCAACUGUGUCAUUGCCCGAAGCUCAAAGACUCAUUUCUUUGUUUUUUGCUUUAUGUACAAAGAAACCAAGUCUUCUGCAACUUGUAUUUAAUAAUUACUACCAAGCCCCAAAAGCUGUCAAGCAGGCUUUUCAUCGUCAUAUCCCGAUUCUUAUAAGGUCCCUAGGGUCAUCUUGUUCUGAAUUGCUCCAUAUCAUAUCUGAUCCACCACAAGGAAGUGAAAAUCUUUUGACACUGGUGUUGGAAAUAUUGACUCAAGAGACAACGCCUUCUUCUGAUCUGAUAGCGACUGUUAAACAUUUAUAUGAAACUAAACUAAAGGAUGUCACAAUUCUUAUUCCAAUGCUGUCUUCACUUUCCAAAAAUGAGGUUUUACCUAUUUUUCCUCGGCUUGUUGACCUUCCGCUAGAAAAGUUCCAGAUGGCACUUGCUCACAUACUGCAGGGUUCAGCUCAUAUGGGUCCAGCUUUGACACCUGCGGAAGUAUUAGUCGCUAUCCAUCACAUAGCUCCUGAGAAAGAUGGCCUUCCACUUAAAAAGAUAACAGAUGCUUGCUCAGCCUGUUUUGAGCAACGCACAGUUUUCACGCAUCAGGUCUUGGCCAAGGCAUUGAGCCAGAUGGUCGAUCAAACUCCUCUACCUCUACUCUUCAUGAGAACAGUGAUUCAGGCAAUUGAUGCUUUUCCUACACUGGUUGAUUUUGUUAUGGAGAUUCUUUCCAAACUUGUGACUAGACAGGUGUGGAGAAUGCCUAAGCUUUGGGUUGGCUUUUUGAAAUGUGUCUCGCAAACGCAGCCACAUUCGUUUGAUGUGCUGCUACAGUUACCGCCACCACAACUUGAAAGUACUCUGAACAAACACUCUAACCUUAGGGGUGCCCUUGCUGCUUAUGCAACCCAGCCGAGUAUUAGAACUUCAAUACCUAGAUCGACACUAUCGGUUCUGGGUCUCGCAAAUGACACACACAUGCAACGUGUGUCAUCAUUGCAUUCUACUGAAACGAGUUCUUCAGUUUAGGGAGCAACUUCUACAUGAUAAGAGAAUCUGAAGUUAUGCAAACUGACGAGCAAUAUGUGGAUGGUCAGGGCCUUAGUCCCAAUCCCAAGGUUCCAGAUAUUGGUCCCAAAUUUGUUAGGGCAAAAUUAAAAGUGUCAAGACAUUGGUCCCAAUCUGAUGUUCAAAGAGUGGCCGAUCACUUGGAUAUGACUGCUGACCUGUGGAACCAAGAUGAAUCGUCGGUGUGGGAUCCUGAUUCUAUUACAAAAAGAAUCCUCCCAACUGCAGCUGCCCUGUAGAAUGUAUAACAUGCUUUGUAUUUUAGGAAUUAUAUUUCCAUUUUCAUUUGUAGCUUUCAUUCUUUCAAAUUUUGUUUUUGUUUUUCAAACAUUCUGCCUGAUUUGGGUGGUUUGAGUAGAAGCUCGAUGUUGAAUAGCUGCUGAGAGUACUGUUGGAGCCGAUAUCGGCUUCCAUGUGUAAAAUAAGUUGUCAUUUUCUCCGGUUAUCACCCUCCAUAGCUUGUAUACGAUAUUUCAAUUCUUGACUUC